CUAAUUAUUUUUAACGGUAUAUAUAUAUAUUCUUUUUAAUUUGUGCUUCCCCAUAGACCAUGUCUUUCAACCGCUACAUGACAAAUUUGUAACUUUAAAAAAUUCACCAAAAAUUUAAAAUUGACUUUUAAAAUUUUUUUAAAAAAUUACUAUAAAAUACAUUCAAUCACGUUUUCACUUGUAAAAAGAAUAAAUCGUAGUAAAAAGGAGGAUCAAUUUCACCACUAAUCUUCCCAAGAUUUUCUCUUCCUGCACAUAUGAUAUAAAUUAUAAUAGUUUCGGCGUAUACAUCUUAUGUACCUAAAAAUUUCCCGUAUACAAGAGUAUAUCUAAUAUUUUUUUUCCCAUAUUUGAAUAUAUAUGUAUAUAUUUAUAUAUAUAUAUAUAUAUACUAAUUUAAUUAAAAUUCUAAGCAUGUUAGAUCUGACGUGGCGCAUUUAAUAAUUUGUCCAGAGUUGUUAUUAGUAUUUCUCAUUUUAAAAUACUAGACCCCAAGAUAUUUCCGGGCGCUUCCUCAAACCAUGUCUGCCAACCGGUACGUGACAAAUUCCCCCGACCCCGUCUUUAUUUCCCACCCCACCAAUCACCGCCUUCUUCUUUCAACUCCACCCCGGUCCAAACCGAUCCACGCCAGCUCCACAUCCGCCGUCAUCACCGUCACCAUCACUACCCGUCCUCUAAAUUAUAAACACAACACCUUCCGCCACCGCCACCGUCACCGCCACCACAUGGAAGAGCAGAUAGACCAACACGAGCUGCAUCAGCAGCAUCACUGUUCUGUUGACCUCACGAGAAACAUUCUAUUCGGCAAAUACGAGAUGGGAAGACUACUGGGCAAAGGCACGUUCGCAAAAGUCUACCACGCCAAAAACCUCCUCACCGGAGAAAGCGUCGCCGUUAAAGUCAUCAACAAAGACCACGUCCUCAAAGCAUCCAUGGCUGAUCAAAUCCCGCGAGAGAUCUCCGUCAUGCGCCUCGUCCGCCAUCCCAACGUCGUCGAGCUUAAAGAAGUCAUGGCCACCAAGGCCAGAAUCUUUUUCAUAAUGGAAUACGUCAAGGGUGGCGAGCUCUUCGCCAAGGUCGCCAAGGGAAGGCUAAAGGAAGACUUGGCCAGAAAGUAUUUCCAGCAGUUGGUCAGCGCCGUAGACUUUUGUCACAGCCGCGGCGUCUCACACCGCGACCUGAAGCCUGAAAACCUCCUCCUCGACGAGAACGAGGAUUUGAAGGUUUCAGACUUCGGGUUGUCGGCGCUGCCGGAGCAGCUCCGCAACGACGGGCUUCUCCACACGCGGUGCGGGACUCCGGCGUACGUCGCACCGGAGGUGUUGACGAAGAAGGGGUACGACGGAGCGAAAGCCGAUAUUUGGUCUUGUGGGGUUAUUCUAUUUGUGUUGCUUGCAGGGUAUCUUCCCUUCCGGGGUGAAAAUGUGAUGAAGAUGUAUAGGAAGGUGUUCAAAGGAGAAUUCGAGUUUCCGAGGUGGUUUUCGCCCGAAGCUCAACAAUUGAUAUCGAACCUACUCGUGGUUGAUCCUGAAAAACGAUUUUCGAUAUUAAAUAUCUUGCGAGACCCUUGGUUUCAAAAGGAUUUCGCGAGACCGAUCGCCUUCGCCAUUGAAGAUCCUCUGACGGAGAACAGCGAGAUCACUAGUGAAGGAGAAUUAGAGUUAGCGAGAACGAAGUCGUCGCCGCCUUUCUACAACGCGUUCGAGUUCAUAUCGUCCAUGUCAUCGGGCUUCGACUUGUCGAGCCUCUUCGUGAGCAAGAGGAAGUCCGGGUCGAUGUUCACAUCGAGAUGCUCGGCAUCAGCAAUCAUGGCGAAGCUCGAGUCCAUAGCAAAGCAGCUGAAUUUUAGGGUUUCAAGGGUGAAAGAGUUCAAAGUGAAGAUGCAAGGGAAGGAGGAUGGUAGGAAGGGGAAGUUGUCGGUGACGGCAGAGGUGUUCGAGGUGGUGCCGGAGGUGGCCGUGGUGGAAUUCUCGAAGGCGGCCGGCGACACCCUGGAGUACACCAAGUUCUGUGAGGAGGAUAUCAGGCCAGCGCUCAAAGACAUCGUUUGGAGUUGGCAAGGUGAAAAUGACUCUAUGAAUUCCACUAGUGGUACAUAGCAGCUAGCUAGGCC